AGCCGGCUGCUGGCACGCGCCGGCUCAGCGCGCUUACGCUAACUUUUUAAAAUCGGACAUUUUCAAGUGUCGAAGGCGGUAAAAAGUGUUUUUUUUAUGGCCGACGCGCACAGGAACAACGUGCUGGUCACGUCGUGUCUCAGGAGGCCCGUGGACCCUCACACCAAGGCGCCGCUAGCGUCCUAUGAGCGGGAACAGGCGGCGUCCUACUCGGCCACUGGUCACGUGGGCAGCCGCCACUGCGAGGAGGAGGUGGAGCCCGAGGUCCCGGGCCCCGCCUUGUACGAGGGAGACUACCCCCGGUGGAAGGGGGAGCGCAUGGACCUGCGUGAGAUCUACUUCUCCAACGAGGAGUACUACAGCAAGCUGGAGGAGAAGAAGAAGGCCCACCUGCGCAACAUGGCGGAGCUGGAGAACAUGUACCACCACAAGCUGCAGCUGCACGCCGGCGACGCCGCUCAAAGCGUGCCAGCGUCACGCCGCCUGAGGAAGUCGCACUCGGCCGCGGAGCUGCGGAGAAGUUCGGGGCCGUCGGACUCCUCGGACUCUGACGAGGACGGCGUGGAGAAAGGCCGGCUGUUCUCGCCCAAAGACUACAUUAAGAACAUGUGGAAGGACUUCCAGCUCUCGCCUCGCAUCCGCCACCUGUCUUCCUCGUUGCCGGGCGACCACAGGGACCUGCGGCCGCAGAGAGAGAAGAGGCGGAGCCACCGGCCCACCGUGCCCAAGCCCUUCCGCAUGACUCUGCGCGAGGCCGAGCGGCGCAGGCGCGGCGUGAAGACGCGUUCCGAGAUGGAACUGGAGAACGCGGAGCUCCGACGGCAGCUGGAGGAGCUGACCGAGUGCCAGAACAAGUUUCGGGCCAGCCCGGUGCCGGCCCACGUCCACCUGCCUCUCUACGAGGAGCUGAAGGAACGCGACGAGGAGCGCCGCAGGAGCACGCGGGAGCGAGAGCAGCGCCACCUGCGGACGCUCUCCAAGCCCUUCAGCUUCCUGGAGAGGGAGCGGCUGAAGAAGGAGCAGCGCCAGCCUGCCCCGCCCGCCCAGCAGGACCGCCUCAAGCCCUUCAAGGCCAAGCCGGUGCCGCGGUCGGUGUACGCCGCCACGUCCGGCGAGUGGCAGCAGGAGGAGCGGCCGCACGAGCACGUCAGGAGGAGCCAAGAUGGCGGCCUGGCGGCCUUCUCCCACAAGCCCCAGAUCAUCAAGGAGGUUCCAGACUUUGAGGCCAGUUUCCAGCGCUUCCAGAAGAACAUGGAGAGGAGGAGAGAAGUGAAGACCACCACCACGUGCGAGCCCUUCACCUUGAGGACCUCUCAGAUGUCCCCUCCCCGCCACCGCGUCACGGCGGGCGGCGAGAAGGAGCGCUCGCUGCGAUGGCCGUACUUGGACUCCCCCAGGAACUCCAGUCUGUGUUCUUCACUCUCUGGCAGCAUGGAGCUGCUUCCCGCCAGGAUCACCGACGCCACCAAGAAACGCCACGAAGCCGUGAGACAGGUGCUGGAGCGCAGGAGGAGGGCGGAGCAGGAGGAGGAGCGCCGCCAGGAGACACAGAAGGAGCGCCAGAAGAAGAUCCAGAAGCUGGUGCAGACGCGCGCCCACGCCCACGACCCCCACCUGGCACUCUCGCAGACCCACGCCGGCAAACUGACAGAAUUCAGGAAGCAGGACCGCCAGCGCAGGAAGGAGUACCGGCAGGAGAUCAGGGAGAUCAAGGAGCGAGUCAAGGGGAGGCCCCUCCUCCUGGAGCAGGUGGCUCAGAAGAACGCCAAGCAGGCGGCCGAGAAGCGCUUCGCCGACACGCUGCUCGGAUGUCAUCUGAGCGAGGACUUCCUCAGCAGGAAGGCGGCGUCAUGGCGUCGCCGCCGGGUUGACGACGACGACACCGGCGAGCAGACGGAGUCGGACGGCGUCCCUUUGGAGACGGUGGUCCUGGACCAUGAAGACCAGGGGGUCCUGGACCAUGAAGACCAGGGGGUCCUGGACCAUGAAGACCAGGGGGUCCUGGACCAUGAAGACCAGGGGGUGGGAGCGGAGGAGGAGGAGGAGGAGAAGGGAGCUUCACGUCACGACAGCGAGGACGAAGACGAGCAUGGUUCCCGUGGAAGUUGUCACUACUCUGACGACUACUGUGAGGACGGGGAGGAACAUCCCAGCAUGACAGCAGAACAUGAUGCAUGAUGAACAUCUGCAUUAUUCCAUCUAGAGAGGAUUUAUGAUAUAGACUCCACAUUGGCUGCUGGGGCGCAGGACAUUUGGCAGCCAUCUUGAAAGGGGCAUCUACUGGUGUUGCAGCAGCAGAAACAUCAACACACUGCAAAAAGUGAAAUCUAAGUAAGAUGAAAUAUCUCAAAUAAGGGUGAUAUUUGUUUAUUCUCUGUCUGAUAAGAUCAUUCUUCUCACUAAGCAGAUUUUAUGCUAGAGCAGGGGUCACCAACCUUUUUGAAACCAAGAGCUACUUCUUGGGUAGUGAUUAAUGCGAAGGGCUACCAGUUUGAUACACACUCAAAUAAAUUGCCAGAAAUAGCCAAUUUGCUCAAUUUACCUUUAACUCUAUGUUAUUAUUAAUAAUUAAUGAUAUUUACACUUAAUUGAACGGUUUAAAAGAGGAGAAAACACGAACAAAAUGACAAUUACAUUUUGAAACAUAGUUUAUCUUCAAUUUCGACUCUUUAAAAUUCAAAAUUCAACCGAAAAAAAAGAAGAGAAAAACUAGCUAAUUCGAAUCUUUUUGAAAAAAAUUAAAAAAAGAAUUUAUGGAACAUCAUUAGUCAUUUUUCCUGAUUAUGAUUAAUUUGAGAAUUUUGAUGACAUGUUUUAAAUAGGUUAAAAUCCAAUCUACACUUUGUUAGAAUAUAUAACAAAUUGGACCAAGCUAUAUUUCUAACAAAGACAAAUCAUUAUUUCUUCUAGAUUUUCCAGAACAAAAUUUUUAAAAGAAAUUCAAAAGACUUUGAAAUAAGAUUUAAAUUUGAUUCUACAGAUUUUCUAGAUUUGCCAGAAUAAUUUUUUUGAAUUUUAAUCAUAAUAAAUUUGAAGAAAUAUUUCACAAAUAUUCUUCGUCGAAAAAAC